GGCGUCCCUCUCCACCCUGUCAUCUCAUUGGUCAGGAUCCCCACCAAAGCUUUUGCCUUAGUGGCAUUUUCCCUGCUCUGGGCUAGCCUCGGAUUCACGGUGCUGUGAUUGCACAGCGGCAGGCUUAGGUGGAUAUGACUCAGGCUGCGGUAACGCCCAGAAAAAACCUUUCGUCGCAAGAGCGAGUUCAAACUCGUUCUCCAAAUCGCAGAGGAAGACUCUCGCAUCAAUCGCCUGAUUCAGAGGCACCAUUCGGUGGGAAUUCCCCCGAAUCUCGCAGUAAACUCCACAUCCCCCGCCUGGAGCCCCCAGAAUCCUCCCCGGCCAGUCAAUCAGACGGGGAGACCCUCCCAGCGGCUCGGACGUUCUCCGAGGCCAGUUUCUCUGGUUGUGAUGCUGGUCAGAAGACCGGGAGACCCGCGUUGGAGACUAGAAGCAGCCUGGCCCUGAGUUUCGCUUAAAGACCGCUCCACGCUGCGGAUGUCACCUUGAAUUCUCGCCACCUGCACAUUAUUCAUCCCUUUCACAACAACCGUCACCGAGACCAUCGCGAUGGCCGAAGUCGAUGAGAAGGCUGUCUCCAGCCAUACCGAUGCCGAUGCGCAGCGACAAAAGGUGCAAUUCGAGCACGAUGAGCUGUACCAGGCGUACGCUGCAAAGAGCGAGGAAUGGCACCGGGCGAUGACCAAGAAGCUUAUGCGCAAGGUCGAUUUGCACCUACUGCCGCUGCUUGUCCUCAUGUACCUGCUUAAUUUUCUGGAUCGCAACAACCUCUCGCAAGCCCGUCUCGGCACCCUCGAAGAAGAUCUCGGAAUGUCGGGCACGGACUUUAACCUCGCGACCAGCAUCCUUUUCGUCGGAUACCUCCUCAUGCAACUCCCUUCGAACCUCCUCCUCACGCGAGUCCGGCCGUCGCUGUUUCUCGGAAUUGCCAUGGGUAUUUGGGGAGUUAUCUCCGCCUGCCAGGCCGCCGCACACUCGUUCGCUGGACUGGUCGUCGCUCGAUUCUUCCUUGGCUUCGUCGAGGCGCCUUUCUUCCCGGGUGCCGUUAUGCUCAUGUCGAGUUGGUACACGCGACAGGAACUCAGCUACCGCAUCGCCUGGUUCUACGCCGGCAGCUCGCUCGCCAACGCCUUUGGCGGACUCAUCGGCGCCGGUGUCCUGGGUAACCUACACAUGUCGCACGGCAUCUCCGGAUGGCGGUGGCUGUUUAUCAUCGAGGGCGUCAUUACCGUUGCGCUCUCCAUGCUUGUCCCGAUCCUCCUCCCCAACUACCCCGCAACAACAGCGUGGCUCGAAGACGAAGAAAAAGCCUACGCCCAAUGGCGCCUAAUCAACGACGCCGGCGAAGCAGACGACACCUCCGCCUCGUCCAUCAAGGAAGCACUGUACCUCGUCUUCACGGAUAAACGCAUCUACCUCUUCAUCCUCCUCCAGCACCUCUCCCUCCUCUCGCAGACCUUCCAGUACUUCUUCCCCUCGAUCGUCAGCACGCUCGAGUACAGCAACAUCGAGACCCUCCUCAUCACGGCGCCCGUCUGGAUCGCGACAUUCCUUGUUUCGCUGGUCGUCACCUGGACUUCGGGCAAGACGAAUGACCGCAGUAUUCACAUCAUGUGUCUGAUGACUGUUUCGAUUGCCGGGUGUAUUAUCUGCACGGCGUCGACGAAUAUCGGCGCGAGGUUCCUGGGGAUGUUCAUGAUGCCAAUGGGCGCCGUCUCCGCCUACCAAAUAAUAAUAGCCUGGGUCGCAAACUCGUUCCCGCGCCCGCUCGUCAAACGCUCCGCCGCAAUCGCCACCGCAAACAUGAUCGGCAACACGGCGAGUAUCUACGGGUCGUACAUGUGGCCAUCGUCGUCGGGCCCGCGGUAUAUCCCCGGUGGGAGUGCAACGGCGGCUGUUGCGGCGGGGGUUGCGGGGAUGGCGUUUGUCAUUCGGGUUGUGCAUGGGAGGAUGAAUAAGAGGUUGGUGGAGAGGGAGAGCACGGUUGAGAGCGAGGAGGAUCUCACUGCGCCGAGGGGAUUUAGGUAUAUUCUUUGAUCUUGGCGGGAAUUUGGAUGGGGAUCAAGAUGGAGAUAUAUAUGAGGUUAUGAUUAUUGGGAGAUUAGACACUAGAAGAGGCGUUUGCUAUAAAGCUGAGUUGUGCAGAGGCUCCAGUCUGGCCCCAACCAGCUUUAUUAUGAAUUAUGAUACUCACAAUUUCGAUGACGGUUCGAGUUCCCUAGGUGUCCAUUUCAUCGUGGUAAACUCUAUUGCGACCGAUAAACAAGUAUCGAAUCCAAAGUGUCUACGAGCCUCAGCAACUAAUCCCUGCGUUCGAUGAGAUAUGCAAGGUGGCAUUAACGGCCCAAAGGAUAUAGUAGCGAUGUAGUAAAACUCAUCACCAGUGUUGCCAAAGAGACUUCAAGGAUGGACAAGCUGGACUGCUUCCGUAUCGUCAUACACGAUUUAAGAAGGAUGCCUGUAAAGGACAGGUCCCAAGCGAGAAGUGAGGUUCCCAUGAUCGGC